AUGGCUGGCGACCUACUUCCAGCGAUUGCGUACACGGACAAGCACUUCCAGUCGAAAAUGCCUCUAUUGAAGCUCAGAAAAAUCACCGUGGAAUGGCGGGGUGCGCAAGACGGCAUUGGAACUGACCAUAUUCUUCCCAUAUUCCAACUUCCCUCACUGCGCUCGUUUCAUGGCAAAAUGAUCCGCGAUACGGAUAGCAAUGAUGACGACAAUUACGAGUUUGACGUUGCUGGAUAUAUUCAGGGCAAUGCUGGCAGCUCCAGCGUGACUCAUAUCGACCUUCGAUCAAGUUGUUCUCGAAAGGGAUUUUCUGAUCUCAUUAAUGCACCCAAGAGACUCGAGUCCUUCGUUUUCGAGCAUUCCAAUGACCCCAACCAGUCAGAGGACGAGAAUAUUUAUGCAUCACGAUUCUACUCAGCACUUCGCAAGCAUCAGAACAGCCUGCAGGAAAUUGUACUGGCUUAUGAUGAAUUAAAAGGUGACGACUAUGGCUGGGAUUACGUCGGGUCAUUUGUGGACUUUACUGCUCUCAAGAAACUCCGGCUAAGGUCUACCAGUAUUCUGGACUGGGAACAGUGGGGAGCCUGGGAGAAUAUAUCGAAAAACACACUAGAUGACGUGCUACCCCCUUCAAUCGAGACACUAAUUAUUGAUGGCAUGCAGGGAGCCCAAAUGAAGACCUUGGCCAAUGCGUUUGCGAUCUUGCUCUCAGGCGGGAACCCCCAUUGCCCGAAUCUGAGGUACGUGGAGAUCACGAGCGAUUGGAUGUCAGAGCAGCAAUCGACCGAGGUGUCGAACCUCAGACCGCGCCCUAUACCGGACAUGUUGCCGGAGUAUGCUAGCUUCAAAGACACUAUCGAGUCGUUGUGCUUUGGUGCAGGCGUCGAGUUUUGUCUUCGGGACCUGCAUGUCGAGCGUAUUAUUAGAGAGAAUCGUCGCAGUCGGUGA